ACAGCCGGGUGAGGUCACCCCCACGAAUAACUCAAAUCACACAAAAACGAGGGGCGCGUGAAGCGCCGUCGAGGCCGCCUGCGCAUCCGAAAGACCCAGAAUGGGCGCCGAGCCCCAACUAGACCUGCCCGCACCCCCGGACACGGCGACGGGCCGCAAGCGCGACGCGACCGGCCAGAGCAGACAAAAGCACGGCCCCUACCGCGCCGGCCAGCGCGUCGACGUCUUAGAUACGGUGAACAAGUGGGCCGAGGCCGACGUUAUUAAGGUCGAUACGCAAGGACGGAGGAUCAAAGUCGCCUACGUGGGCUGGAGCGCGCGCUGGGACGAGUGGCUCCAAUGGGAUGAUGAACGUAUAUCACAACACCACUCCCAGACUUAUAUUGCGGGCGCGAGACCACGGCCGGGCCAGCGCAUCGAAGCUAAAGAUGACAGAGGCCAGUGGUUGGAGGCGGAGGUCCUGGAGGUGCGAGACGAUGCCGCGUUCUGCCACUACAAGGGCUUCCAUCGAAAGUUCGACGAGUGGCUGCCGUUAGAAGGCAGUCGUUUGAGACCCUUCGGUUCUACGAAGCCUCGACGGGAAGUGGAGAUCGAUUCUCGAGACGUUGUCGCGCGAAGUUGUGAUAGCGACGAUCUGGUCGAGGUGUUAGGCGUGAAGGGCCCGAAACUCAGGGAACGCCAGGUCCAGGGCGACGUGUUUGAAAGAUACCGCAAGUCUCUGCAGCGAAGGGGUCUGAGAGUACAUCGAGUCGAAGGUGACGGGAAUUGUCUGUUCCGAUCGGUGUCGCACCAAGUUUAUGGGGAUGACAAGCACCACGGUUUAGCUCGAAGGAGUGUGGCCGACUACAUGAGUUUAGAAAGGCCCUUCUUCCAGUCGUUCGUCGAGGGCGACGGCGACGCCUUCGACAGAUAUAUAUCAGAAAAGCGGCGCGACGGCUCCUGGGGCGACGAGCCCGAGAUCCAGGCGCUCUGCGAGUUGUACGAUCGGCCAUGCGAGGUCUGGGCCUACGACGCCGGCAUGGACCCUCGGAAAGGAGGCGGCGCGCGAAUUUUGCGGACUUUUCAUGCUGCCGCGAAGGGUGGUUCCGUCAUGCGCCUGUCGUACUACGGCGGCGGCCACUACGACUCGCUGGUCAAUGAUAGUGAUGAGUUCGAUCCGCUGGCCGAUCCUGGUUCACGCGAAUUACUCGCGUUGCAGAAAGCUAGAGCGCGCAAGACCAAUGCAGACGCUUCUUCGGCUCUUGCCGUGUCGGACGCGGAGGCUACGGAACGAGCAGCCGUGGAACAAGCCUUGAGUGCGUCUAGAGCGGCCUACGACGGCGCGGCGGACCUCGAGGCCGCCCUCCAAGCGUCGCUGAGCGCCCAGCGCGAGGCCGAGACGAGCGACCUGCAGAGCGAGCUCGACGCGGCGGCCCUGCGCCGGGCCGAGGACGACGAUUUGGCAAGGGCCAUCGCGCUGUCGUCCGACGCGGCGCCGCAGCAGGGCGACGCCGACCUCGCGGCGGCGAUCGACCUCUCCGCGGCCGACGCCGCGGCGGGCGACGACUUCCUCCUCGCGCAGGCGCUCGCGGCGUCGAUCGAGGACACGUGA